CGUGAUCGAGAAGCAGGAAUAUGAAAUUGACAGAUCGAGGAUGUUGGCAGAUAAGAUAAUUUCGCGGAAUUUUUUGUGAAAGGAGCGAAUUCGUAAGAAAAUCGAAAUUAGAAAUGGUUGUUCAUUUUGAAGUCAAGCAUAUAUUUAAAUAUCCAAUAGAGUUGGUGACUUAUACUCACCUAACAAAGUAUCCUACAGACAAAGAGAAGAACGUUCUUUCUGUUAAAACUGUGAAGAGGAUUAUAAAAGAUGAUGGAAUAGAAUAUUGGAAUAGAGUAGCAUGUUGCAGCAAUAUUGUGCCUUCUGUAUUAAGGAAAUUAAAAGAAUUUGAACAAGAUUAUAUUUACAUAGAAGAAGAAUGCUGGUUAAACAAAAACACUCAUGAAAUGAAUGUUAGGUCUAGGAAUUUAACUUGGGAAAAAUAUGGAAAACUGAAAGAAGAAUCCUUGUUUAAAAAAUUUCCUGAAAAUCCUAAAUGGACUCAUUUUCAUCAGAGGGGCUCUAUUGAUUUAGGUGGUAUUGGUCAUAUUGGAUGGUUAAUGGAAUGUUUUGCAGAAAAAUUUUUUCGACAAAGUAUACAAAAAAGUUUAAGAAUAAUGGAAGAACUAUUAUGUGAAAGAAUGAAUGGCAUGCAGACAGGUGGAUGAAAAACUGUUUUUAAUGAGUUUGUUUGCUGGAAUUGAGAGACAAGUUUACAUAUCUUUUUUUUUUACAAUAUAUAUAUAUAUACACAUCUUUUCCAUGACAUCAUAUACAUACAAAAAAAAAGUUGACUAACUGGUUUAAUGGUUAUACCUUUUUAUAUAUUUUUAUAAAAAAUUUUAAAAUAUUUUGGGGCUUUCAUUGCAACAAAUGAAUUAAAAAACAAUUUUAUGAUAUGAAAUGUAAAAUUUGCAUCUGUACAAAAUUUGCAAUGUAAUGAUGCAAAUCUUCCAAAAUCUUUGUAAUUUUGCUCUUCUGAAAGGAAAGUUUGACUUUCAUUUAAUUCCUUGUUUUAAUUGACUGACUGAUAAACUAAUUCAGAUCUGAAUGGUUCUUGAUUUAGUAAGUCAGUAUUAAUCUUAAUUUAUUUAAUACAUUUUAGAAAUAUCAAAUCGUGAAAUGAGAUUAGAUAUAAAAAUUUUAACAAAAUGUUAACAAAUUGCAUCUUGAAAAUAUAAUUACUAUUAAAUGUAAGAAUUUUUACAGUUUUAAAUUGAGUAAAAUUUAUUUCUUAUAAUUUACAAAGUAUUUUCAAAUUUCUCUUCAAUUAUUAUAAUAACCCUGCAUUGAAUGGCUUGGAUCUCACAGACUCAUGUGACUUCUGCAGUAUAUUUUCAUAAUGUCUUUAUAUAGGUAGGCAAUUCAUAUUACACACCUUCCUAUUCUGGUAUUACAAAUUUG